AUGUCAGCAACUGCAGUCUUGUUCCUGAGGCUUGAUCUUGAGUCAGCGCCAUCAUCAGGCGAUUCUACGACCCAAAGGGAGGCGCUCUAUCUUGACGAACUAGUCGAGCACUACGGCCCUCUGCAGCAUAGCGAGGCCCCAACGUUGGAGCCAAAAGAUGACACGCACGAGGAGAGCGAUACUUUUGAGUUUCGUCUAUUCUCGAAAGAUACGAAGUAUGGGGCGGCAGACGCAAGUAGACAUGACAGUCCGCGAAAAAUUGCGUUGAGAUCACCGACGCCGGUGCGCGGUGACGGAGGUUUCGUUGUCGCACGGAGACCCAAAUCGUACUACUUUAUUCAGCAGGCCAGCGAAGAUCAAGAGUCCCAAUACAGAGAUGCUACAAUCUCAGGAGAAGGCAUACUCGCAGGUCUUGCCAUCAAGUGGAAAGGCUCUGAGCUCCCAUGGCGUGUGUCACAUGUGACAUCCUCAAUUCGACCAGCAUUACGAAGUACUAACGGAGGUGAUCCAGCUGGAGAUCGCACGAAGAGGACAAGAAAGGGCAAGAAGAGUCGCAUAGCAGCACGAACCAGGAUUGCCGAGAUCAGCAAACGCAAGAUGGCCGAGCAGAGGCAAAAGAUAGAGGAAGAGGAAGCAGAAAAAUUGAAAAGGAUGAACAAGAAUCGGGAGAAGAAGCUGAAGCGAAGGCAGAAAAAGCGAGAUACAAAGGCUGCAAUAUCGACAGAUUGA